GAUUGUAGUGCCGAACUGCCGGGGAUCCGAGGCCCGCGAGUGGAGGGAGAGGCCGGGGUCCGGGGUCCUCGAGUGGAGGGAGAAGCCGGGGUCCGGGGUCCUCGAGUGAAGGGAGAGGCCGGUGUCUGGGGCCCGCGACAACGGGCUUCAGAGCCGGGGGAGACCGAGAUCCCGGGUCCCUCGUGAGGGGCGGGUGGAGACCGUCAGCCCAGGGCCCGGAGUGAGGGGCGUGUGGAGACCGAGCUGAACUGAGCCCGGGCACCGGCGCCCACAUGGAGCGGCCCGAUCCCCAGUGAUCGGGAUCGAGGCGGCGCUGCGUCGGGCAUGGAACUUGUCCCCCGGCCGGAGGGGGUCGGGAGCCCGCGGUCGGUGUUCCAGCCCCCCGGGCCUGGGGAGGAUGAGAGCCCCAGCAUAGCGUUCCAUCCCCCCGGGCCCGAGGAGAGUGAGAGUCCCGGGAUAGGGUUCCAUCCCCCCGGGCCCGAGGGGAAUGAGAGCCCCACGAUAGUGUUCCAGCCCCCCGAGCUUGAGGAAGACGAAUCGAGAGAAUACGAGAGGCUGCGGGUGGUGUUUGACAUGUUUGACCUGGCCGGGGAAGGACUCAUCCGGCUGGAGGACUUCUGCCAGAUCGCCAGCAGCUAUGGAGCAGAGCAGGUAAAGGAAUUAACAAAGUACCUGGAUCCUGCGGGUCUUGGGGUCAUUGGCUUUGAUGACUUCUGUCGCGGAAUCGCUGCCAUCAAAAAUAAUGGAGAUUCUGACAGUCAGAAUGAUGAUGCUGGAUUUGGAAAUGAAGACGACGUACUUCCCUGCUCUGAUGGAUUUGAGGACUUCAAUUGCUUUGAGACUAAUGAAGUGACAGACAGUGCUUACAUGGGCUCUGAGAGUACCUACAGUGAGUGUGAGACUUUCACAGAUGAGGACACGGGUACGCUGAUUCACCAUGGAGCACACGAUGAGUUGGAAACUGACAGUGCCAUAGACGCUACGUUAAACUCGGAGUUCACAGACACGCCUGAAGAUCCUGAAAACAGUGUUCUCUUUAAUGGGACCAUGAAGACCCAUCAGCAUAACGUCUCGAUAAGCUCCGCCAUUUCUCUCCUUAGCACCGAAGAGCACUUUGAAGAUUAUGGAGAGAGCAACGAGAAUGACUUUGCAUCUAGCAGUUUAUGUCAGGACAGAGGCUUCGGCAUCAAUGGCCACUUAAAUCGCUCAGCACUGCUUUGUCCCAGUGAUCAUUUCACCUCAACUUUGCAAAGUAUCAUUGGGGAAGAAAUGCUCGAAUUUUACUGCACCCAGUGUCAUAAACAAAUCAAUCGUCUGGAAGAUCUCUCUGCUCGCAUCAGCAGUCUGGAAAUGAAUAGUCCCAUCAUGAGACUCGGCAACAAGAAGGUGGCCCGGCACAUCGAACAGAGUGGUGCCACUGACAGCGAUGACAUGGAGGAGCUUCCCGGGAGCUCACUGGCACACUUGCCCUCGGAUCUGACUGAGCAGGUGAUGUUCCUGGAGAAGCGAGUUACUGAACUGGAGCAGGAGAACACAUCGAACGGGGAGAUCCACAGUCGCCUUAAACAAGAGAACCUGCAGCUCGUGCACAGGGCAAACGCACUGGAGGAACAGCUGAAAGAGCAGGAGGCCAAGUCUGAGCAGAUGUUACUGGAGGAAGUAAAGAAGCAGAAGGACGUUCUGAGCAAGGUGGAGCGAGAGCAGAUCAUCGAGAUGGAGAACCUGCACACCAGGCUGCAGCAGCUUGAUGAGGAAAACAGUGAGCUGCGAGCAUGUAUUCCGUGCCUCCGGGCAAACAUUGAGAGGCUGGAGGAGGAGAAGAAGAAGCUCUUGGACGAAACGGAUGAUCUGACGCUGAAGUUAAAGGACGAGCAGGAGAACAACCAGAAGCUGUCGGACAAACUCCUGCACAAGAAAUACCAGUUCCAGAAAGAAAAGGAAACCACUCAGGAGCUCAUUGAAGAUUUGCGCAAGCAGCUGGAACAGCUUCAACUCUUCAAGCUGGAAGCGGAGAGGGUGCGUGGCCGCUCGAGCAGUGUGGGACUGCAGGAGUAUAACUGCCGAAACCGAGAGACUGAGCUGGAGCAUGAGAUUAAACGCCUCAAACAGGAUAACCGGAAUCUGAAGGAGCAGAACGAUGAGUUGAAUGGCCAGAUCAUUAACCUGAGUAUCCAGGGAGCAAAGAGCCUUUAUACAGCCUCCAUCACAGAGUCACUGGCUGCAGAAAUCAGCUCUGUUUCCAGGGAUGAGCUCAUGGAUGCUAUUCAGAAACAGGAAGAGAUAAACUACAGGCUACAGGACUACAUCGACCGAAUUGUUGUGGCAAUCAUGGAGACAAACCCUGCUAUCUUGGAGAUCAAACAAGCUGAGGCACACUCGUAGCCUCUCGGGACCAGUGUAUAAAACAGUAGCUCUUCUGUCACUUGUGUGUAAACCGUGAGGCAAUUUGGCUGCAGAAUUCUUUGUCCUAUCUCUUGAAUCACGGACCUGUGUAAAUCCCACACAAGCUUCUCCACGUCUUCCUGUCCAAGUGCCAAGCUACAAGAGGCAGUUGGUCAUUCCUGGCAGUUUUCUGUUCUCCAGUCACAACUGUACCUGUGUGAGGAUCGUAGAAUGGGCCGCAGGUCUACCCAGGACUGGACGACCCAGGUCAUGGCCAGUAACAGUACAUCAUGUAAUUAAAAUUCGUGAACUAAGGCAACAACAUGAUGAUGGGGUGGGGAGUGGCAGAAACAACAGUGUUGUUCCACUCAUCACUGUUCAGCAUGUAAGCAGUAGGUUCUCUAAUGGGAACUGGGAUUCUUUACGGGGCUGGCUUGGGUUUAGCACAGUGAAUCCAGUUUUUUUUUCUGAAAUCCAGCCACCUCGCCUUGUUCUGUUCUGGAAUUGUGGCUCCAUGUAUUUAGGGUCCCAUUCCGGAUGUUGUUCAGGUCAUGAAUCUACUGUUUGUCCAGCUAGGGAUGUCUUCCUGGCUCAGCUGGCCCAGCUGCCCCUCUGCCUUGCAGUUUUUCAUUGUGCAAUGUUGUUGCUUUGUAUUUGCAGGAAAUCCAGUCAGCCGGGACUUGAACUGACUCUGUAUUAUGGCUUGCCAGGCUGAGGCUGGGACGGCUGUCCCCUAUAAGAAACGGUUGUAUUGCGCACACCCGACUGGCACAAUAGACUUUGUUAAGACUUCAGAGAUCGAGGGAAGUGCUUGAUGAGCUUCAGUCCCUGGAUCAGUCUGCAUGAGUUCAAUGAUAUUCCUUCUGACACCUCACUACAUACUGAUUGCACUACAACACAACUCACUGUAACACACCAGUAACGAACGGCUUUGUACAAAGUUUGACAAUGACACCACACUACGUGUUUGCACAUUUGCUCGCUUAGUUUAGUCCAACCAUGGUUGCACUGAUAUUGUUUUAACACGGCUCUGUGGUGAUGCUCCUGUAAUGCUAGUCUCCCACUCAUCAGACCCAAGGUCUUUGCAAAUAAACACAGAUGCCCAGUGACACUAUGAUAUUUAUUUAGUCCUUAUCAUUUACUUCCUCAUCCUCAACAAAGAAUCAUCUGAGCACGUUGUAAGACCCAGUAGAUGAAGGUCUGAGAUUACUUGCUGGUAAAGAUGUUCAUGUAAGGGGUGGGAGAGUCGCAGACUGUAAUAAUAUUCACACAGAAUACCACAGAACUGCACAGCUCAGUUAUGCUGAAUGUCUCCCCACCCCUCCCCCUGUAGCAUUGUGCUCAGGAGCCUUCCUCUCAGCCUGGAUUGCCAAUAGGAAAGUUGCUGUGAGAUUGGAGCAAUGCUUAUUCCUUGGCACAUCCAGAUACCUGGCAUGAUGCAUCUCUGUGGAUGAGAGGAACUGCUCUCUCACUGAGCAACAAUGGCUGCUGGUGCUGGAGUGUCUCCUUUCAGUCCAUGUCUCUUCAACCUCGUACAAAGAUGUCCUGUUACGUGAUGAGGUCCCUGGGUGUUUCAGCUCGGAGUUCUCCCAGUGCCUCUCGUGUCUCCUGCAGAGUCUGACGCAAGGCAUUGCUGUCUGCUUGUAAACUUUGCUGCGUUGUCUCUAGUGUAAAUCGAUGUAUAUUUUGAAUUUUCUAUCCUUUACAGUAGAAAGUUAUUUUUUAUAGAAUGAAGGCAGAUUUGUACUGGAGGUAAACCCAGUGCAAUCAGUGGAAUCACUUGAGAGCUUCUCAAUUUUGUAAAGUCCAUAGAUUGUGUCUGUAUAUAGUAGGAAAGUAAGAGGGAAGCAAGUUAUAUGUUGAUUUCUUUGUGGAGAAUGCAUUAAUUUGCACUCAUUCCCAUAAAGAAAAUGAUACUGUUAAAAUGUACAAAAUGUCUUAAAUGCAAAUAGUCUUAUCAAUGUACUGUCCCUACAACUGACAACCAAUGUGAGAUUUAGCUCAAACUGUUUUUAAACAAAAUUCUGAUAAUGGUUUGUGUACCAUUUCAUCACCAGAGCUAAUCUAAGCAUCAAUACUUGCUCUUUAUACAGAACCUGUCUGGCAACCAGGAAUAAAUAUUACAUUGAUCAUCCAUGGUUAUUGUGAAUGUUCAGAAAUACUGGGUUUGCAAAUCUGUAUAGAUGGGCUUUUUGGUGCAGAGAUAUGGAAUGAAUGGUGAUGUGGCUACUGUAAGCAGCAAGACAUUGACUUAUUAAAACCUACAGCAAUAAUCUC